AGCGAGACGAAGAAGAAGAGGAUCAAGCCCUCAACAAAAUAUGCGAAAGUUUCGUUGCUUAGCCACUACGGUCGUCGUCGUGCUGCUUACUGUCAAUUGACACCCACGAUGGGCUUCGUGCCGGACAGAGGUGGCUUCUAUCUUCUCUUGCUGCUUCUGUUUCUUUCGGAGGUCCACUUUAGAUGGGCGGCAGCACAACACUGCGUGUGGUAUGGCGAGUGUGCUGAGUCCGACAAGGUCCCCGGAAAGAAAUAUAAUUGUAACUACACAGGAACCCCGAAACCUCUGGACCCCGAGGGCUACGACCUCCUCUUGGAGCUUUGUCCUGGUUAUGACUAUGUUGUAAACCCAGCAGAUGACACUGCGGCAGCACAACACUGCGUGUGGUAUGGCGAGUGUGCUGAGUCCGACAAGGUCCCCGGAAAGAAAUAUAAUUGUAACUACACAGGAACCCCGAAACCUCUGGACCCCGAGGGCUACGACCUCCUCUUGGAGCUUUGUCCUGGUUAUGACUAUGGCAACCGCGAACUCUGCUGCAAUGUGGAUCAGUUGCGUACUCUCAAAGCGAGUCUCCAGCUGCCCCUUCAGUUCCUGUCCCGAUGUCCCUCAUGUUUCUUCAACUUGAUGAACCUCUUCUGCGAGUUGACGUGCAGCCCGCACCAGAGUCAAUUCAUGAAUGCCACCAAGUUUGAGUACACAAAUUCCACCGAGUUCAACAGCUCCAGCGUCGUGGAGGUUCAGUACUAUAUCGGACAAACAUUCUCCAACGCCAUGUACAACGCCUGCCGGGAUGUACAAGCGCCGUCCAGCAACGUGCCGGCCUUGUCCCUGCUCUGCGGCAAAACCGCCCAGUACUGCAAUGCCACCAACUGGAUCCAAUACAUGUUUGACAUAAAUAAUGGGCAGGCUCCUUUUCCUAUCGUACCAAUAUUCACAGAUGUGCCGGUGUUUGGCUACACCCCGAUGAACAACAAGACUUACGGCUGUUCCGAAGGCCUGGACGAUGGUUCAGGUCCUUGCUCCUGCCAGGAUUGUACCAAAGAAUGCGGGCCCAAACCCCUCCCUCCACCUGUCCCGCCUCCUUGGACCAUCAUUGGAGUGGACGCGAUGACUGUCAUUAUGUGGAUCUCUUACAUCACCUUCCUGUUCGUGUUUAUCGGCACAGUGCUCGCAGCGUGGUGCUACAGGAAAAGGACAAUCUUGUCGGAGUAUGGGCCCAUAUUGGAUAGUAAUAACCCGUUGUCGCUCAACAGUGAUAAUCCUGAAGCAGUCAACGCAUCGUGCUGCGAAACGCUGGGAGAGCGUUUUGAGAACGCUCUGCGGGCGAUCUUCAGCUCAUGGGGCUCAUUCUGCGUGCGCUACCCGGGUUCGGUCAUUCUGGGCAGCCUGCUCCUGGUGACGGCGUCCUCGGGCGGUCUGGUCUACAUGCGCAUCACCACCGACCCCGUGGAGCUAUGGUCGUCGCCCGGCAGCCAGGCGCGCCAGGAGAAGGACUACUUUGACAGCCACUUUGGGGCUUUCUACAGGACGGCUCAGCUCAUCAUCACCACGCCGCUCAACGAGACCUUCACCUACAAGCCCUACUUUGGAGGGUCUGACGUCCCCUUUGGAGCCAUUUUGGAUAAGGACAUCCUUCAUCAGGUGAGGUGGAGAAUGGAACGAAUAUCUGUUCAGAAAAAAGAGGGAGAGAGAGAAUUGGUAUGGAACACGUUUCUGUCUUACAGUGCACCGGCAUCCCUCAAUGACACCACUCUCCUCCACGAUCCUUGUCUCGGCACUUUUGGAGGUCCCGUCUUCCCUUGGCUGGCGCUUGGAGGCUACGACUCCACCAACUACAACAACGCGAGCGCUCUUGUCAUCACCUUUCCGAUCCACAACUCCCGCAACGACACUGACAGGCUGGGCCAAGCCCAAGCGUGGGAAAAAGAAUUCAUCCGCUUCAUGAAGGACUUCCACAACCCCAAUCUGACCAUCGCCUUCAGCUCCGAGAGGAGCGUCGAGGACGAAAUCAACCGGGAGAGCAACAGUGACAUCAGCACCGUUGUCCUGAGCUACGCCAUCAUGUUUGUCUAUAUCUCGCUAGCGCUAGGACACAUCAACAGCUGCAGAAGACUGCUGGUGGAUUCCAAGAUUUCUCUGGCCAUAGCGGGCAUUCUGAUUGUGCUGAGCUCAGUGGCAUCCUCGCUGGGCAUCUUCAGCUACGUUGGCAUCCCCCUCACCCUCAUCGUCAUUGAGGUCAUCCCCUUCCUGGUGCUGGCUGUCGGUGUGGACAACAUAUUCAUCAUUGUGCAAACGUACCAGCGAGAUGAGCGGUUGCCCCAGGAGGAACUUCACCAACAGAUAGGUCGCAUCCUCGGCGACGUUGCACCCAGCAUAUUCCUGUCCUCAUUUUCAGAGACUGUGGCCUUCUUUCUGGGAGCACUGUCCAACAUGCCUGCAGUUAGGACUUUUUCCCUCUUUGCUGGCCUGGCUGUUUUCAUUGAUUUCCUGUUGCAAAUCAGCUGCUUUGUCAGCCUUCUGGGCUUGGAUCUGAAGAGGCAGGAGGCAAAUCGUCUGGACAUUAUCUGCUGCGCCAAGUUGCCUGAAGGUCAGGAAACAAGGACAGACAGCAUCCUUUUCCGUUUUUUCAAGAAGGUCUUUGCGCCAUUGAUCCUCAAAGAAUGGGUGCGGCCCAUCAUUGUGGCUGUGUUUGUGGGAGUGUUGUCCUUCAGUAUUGCUGUGGUAAACAAAGUUGAGAUCGGACUGAAUCAGCAGCUCUCCAUGCCUGAUGAUUCAUACGUGUUGGAGUACUUCAAAAACCUGAGUCAGUAUCUCCACACGGGAGCUCCGGUCUACUUUGUCGUGGAGGAUGGCCUCAACUACAGCAGCCUUGAGGGCCAGAAUGCCGUGUGCGGCGGCGUAGGCUGCAACAAUAAUUCCCUGGUGCAGCAGGUCUAUUCCGCGUCACUCAUCAGCAACUACUCCACCAUCGCCGUCACACCUUCCUCCUGGCUGGACGACUAUUUCGAUUGGGUCAAGCCACGGUCCACUUGCUGCCGUUACAACAAUGCCACAGGAGCCUUCUGUAACGCUUCAGUGGUGGACCCAUCGUGUGUACACUGUCGACCUUCGACCCAAAGUGGGAAGCAGAGGCCCCUGGGUGAUGACUUCAUGCGCUUUCUUCCCAUGUUCCUGUCAGACAAUCCCAAUGUCAAGUGUGGAAAAGGCGGCCAUGCAGCCUAUGCCACCGCAGUGGACGUUUUUCCCAACAACACCCAGGUGGGCGCCAGCUAUUUCAUGACCUUUCACACCAUCCUGAAGGAGUCGUCGGACUAUAUUGACGCUUUGAAAAUGGCCCGCAUCUUAGCUGACAACAUCAGUCAGACCAUGGACCACAAAGUCUUUGCCUACAGCGUCUUCUACGUGUUUUAUGAGCAGUACCUCACCAUCGUGUACGACACAGCCUUCCAACUGAGCGUGUCGCUGGGCGCCAUUUUCCUGGUCACCACAGUGCUGCUGGGCUUUGAGCUGUGGUCAGCCGUGCUGGUGUGCAUCACUAUCGCUAUGAUCUUGGUCAACAUGUUUGGCGUCAUGUGGCUGUGGAGCAUCAGCCUGAACGCCGUCUCGCUCGUCAACUUGGUCAUGGCAUGUGGAAUUUCUGUGGAGUUCUGCAGUCAUCUGGUUCGGGCCUUUUCCGUCAGCAUGAAGAAAAGCAGAGUGGACCGGGCUGAGGAGGCGCUGGCGCACAUGGGCAGCUCAGUGUUCAGUGGAAUCACACUGACAAAGUUUGGCGGAAUCCUAAUCCUGGCGCUGUCCAAAUCGCAGAUCUUCCAGGUGUUCUACUUCCGCAUGUACUUGGCCAUCGUGCUGUUGGGUGCCACGCACGGCCUCAUCUUUCUGCCUGUGCUGCUCAGCUACAUAGGCCCCUCGACCAACAGGGCAAAGUUGCUUGCGGCCAACAAGCGCUUCAUCGGAACCGAAAGGGAGCGGCUCCUCAAUUACUGAGACAGCCGGCCAGAUGGACGGGACAAUGAAGCUUGCGGGUCGUGAGUGCCACCUGCUCUCUCGCCCCAUCUUUGUCUCCAUGCUGUCUUUUUACACUGAUUGGACUGACGACUAUGACUUGGCAUUUCUCGUCACACGACUACCAUCUGGCGCUCAAGUGAUAGAAUCGAGACUGGAAUAUCAUGCAGAGAUGUCAGUUGACAGACACUUGGCCUACGUUGGUGGUGAUUUGGGAAUGUUUAAAGGGGAAUCCUGGUCAGUUUUAAAAUACACACACACACGUAAAAUCCACGAACACGCUGUUAUAAACUUUUUUUUUUUUUUAACAACAUAUCUCAGCUCAAGCUAACAUGCAACAUGUUUCAAGUCUUCACUGGUACCGAGUAAUGAUGCAAUAACAUGCAGUUUGUAACUCUAGUAAUGACUCAGGUUUUGCUCUUCGCAUAGUUGACAAGAGAGUUACUUGAGCCCUCCAGAGUUGGGCACACCUGAGCGAGGUCUACUUGAGGAAGUAAGUUUUAUCACGGGUGAUCUUUGUAAACAAGAAAACAUUUUUGCAGUAGCCGAAUAGGUUUAAGUGCCAGCUUUACGCACGUGUGAAUACCUCUAAUUUAUGGGACUAAUUUAAAUAUUCUUUCACAUCCUUGACUGUAUUGUUUGAGAAGUCAUUCUUUUACUAAAGGAACUCUUGACUCGGCAUAGAACUGGACUACUGCAACAUGUGUACAAUGACAGCUUGAUCUGGAACGAGCAGUACCACUUUUUGUUUUGUUUGGGAUACAAUUUUUAAUUGAUGCAGUUACUGUGUCUGGGUUGUAAAAGUGACUGAACCAUUCCUUUUGGAGACUAGUUUUUAGAAAAAUUUUAAUACAUUAUUAAAAAUUUCU